AUGAGCCAGGAAUACAGCAAAGGAAAGGGGAAGGAGGAAGCCCAGGAGGAACCUCGCUCUGGUGGCAGCAAACGAAAAUCGCUGAACCGACCUCAAUAUGUCACCGUGGGCUCCGGAUCGACGUCAGAGAGCGCCGCCCGAUUGCAGGCUCUACUGGACAACGACUCGGGCUAUGGAGGAAGCACAUCAGGAGAACAUGGAGCACCGACAUGGAACCCAGCCCUGACUGAAGAUAGACCUACUCCUAUGCACUCGUCAGCGAUGGGAGAGAGGGCGGAAGCGGACAGAAGGGUACAGGCCAAUGCUAUACAUCAGCUAUGGUACAAUUCACAUCGAGCAACCCUGGCGCGGUCCAUCAACAGAGUUGUGGAGACCCUGGAAUCUCUGCAGGAGAUGAACGCGACUUGGCCGGCAACAUACCCUUCCGUUCAACCCGCUCAAGCAUUACAAUUUCGGAGACAGGACCCCCGACCUGGACUGGUACAUACGCAGACGACAGCUCCAGACGCAUCAGAGGCAGCACCUCCCCGUCCAGGACUUGCGAGACGGUCACAGACAAUUGGAGCAGACCCAGUCGAAGCCGAGUCAAGCAAGGAGGCAGAGCAAAGAAAGGUCCCGGAACCACGAUUGAUCACACCACAGAUCGCCCAGGAAUUCUCAGUGUUAAAAUUGGACCUCAAGUUGGGAUCAUUGCACCAGGCCGAGCUGGUACAUUCCUUGGAGAAGAACUCGAUAGCCUCUCUGCUUGACGGAAAGAUCAGCUCCAGCAUCAAGCACUUGCUGAAUCUACGAGAGCGGAUAGAGGAUACUUCGAGCAAGGUCCUGGUUACUGGUGACCUCAACGCCGGAAAGUCCACCUUCUGCAACGCCUUGCUGCGGAGAAAGAUUCUGCCUGAGGAUCAACAGCCGUGUACGAGCAUCUUCUGCGAGGUUUUGGACUCAAGGGAGAACGGUGGUGUGGAGGAGGUUCAUGCGAUCCACAAGGAGGUGGUAUACAAUCGACAUGACGAAACUACAUACGAUGUCUUCACGUUGCCGGAACUGGAGAAGAUUGUCGUCGAUCACGAAACCUACACCCAAUGCAAAGUCUACGUCAAGGAUGUCCGGUCUAUUGACGAGUCGCUACUCAAUAACGGUGUUGUGGACAUCUCCAUUAUCGAUGCCCCUGGUCUAAAUCUAGAUACCACGAAGACGACUGCAGUAUUUGCGCGCCAGGAGGAAAUCGAUGUUGUAGUCUUCGUUGUAUCAGCAGCCAACCACUUCACCAUGACCGCCAAAGAGUUUAUUUGGGCAGCUGCCGCUGAGAAAGCUUAUAUCUUCAUUGUAGUCAAUGGAUACGACAACAUCCGGGACAAGAAUAGGUGUCAAAAGAUGAUACUCGAUCAAGUCGCUGGUCUCAGCCCCAAGACAUCGAAGGAGUCGGCAGAUUUGGUUCACUUCGUAUCGAGUAAUGCCAUUCCAACAGCACCCUCGCCACCUGGAGGAAGUGGUAGCGGAAGCUCAAGCGGAGGAGGGGGAGAUGGGCCAGACUUUGAUGAAUCUGAUCCCAAGGGCAAAGGGAAGGACAAGGAGAAGAUUCGGGAUUUCGAUCACUUGGAACAGUCACUCAGACGAUUCGUGCUCGAGAAGCGAGCUCGUUCGAAAUUGGCGCCAGCUAAGACCUACUUGCUCAAUGUUCUGGGCGAUGUUCAGACCCUCGCCACAGUAAACCAGGAAGUCGCCCAGUCGGAACUUGACAGAGUCACCAAGGAACUCAAUGACCUGGAGCCUCUAUUGGAAGCCUCGAAGAAGGCCAAGGCCGAAGUAAGCGAUGACAUUGACCGAACAAUUGAAGCUACGUGCCAAGAUAUUUACGACCACACUCGAUCAACCAUCACCGCCUCCAUUUCACAGGCUGCCGACGAGGAACUUGGUGUCCCCUACCCGGGCCUUCUCAGUGUCUUCCAGUACGCCGAGGACAUCAAAGACGCCAUGCUUUCUCAAAUCUCGGCCUCGGUCGAAGCCUGCGAAGAGCACGCUCGCUAUAGAACCGUUGAAGGCGUCUCCUCCAUCAAGCAACUCGGCCUCUUGCAUCUUGGCGACGAGUACACCGACCUCAGCUUCCGGAGUGAUGUCAUGUUCCGCCGCAAACGAGACAUUCUCGCCCGUCAAGUCGAAAUAGAGACUGAGCUCUGGGACUUCUUCGAUUGGUCAACUAUUCUGCAACGCCAGGAGAAGAUGGCUGGAACUGGUAUGGCAUUGACGGUUGCCACAGCAGUAGGAAGUCGCAUGGUCGGCGGCUUCGGCUGGGUUGAUGGCGCUCUCGGAGCAGCAAAGGUCGUUGGCAAUAACAACCUCCGUAAGCUGAUCCUACCUGGUGUCGUCGCUACAGCAAUCGCAGCAACCUAUUACAUUCUUCUUCAAAUUCCCCACUCGCUCCCCCAUCGCCUCAGCACAAAGAUUAGCAAUCAGCUUGCGGAAAUUGAUUACGUGCACUCGAACUCUACCCGUAUCUCCUCUUCCGUUCGCAAGGUCCUCCGUUUCCCCGCCGACAAUUUGAGAGUCGGUCUCCAGCGCUCCGUGGAGCAACUGGGCAGCAAGAGAGAAGAGACCCUCAAGAUUAGAGGCGAGAGCGAGGUCGCACGGAAGUAUUUCGGAAAUCUCGUCAACAAGGCAAACGAUAUCAGAAAUUCGGUCGAGAACGUUGAUUUGGAGGGUCCGGCACCUGGCGUUGCUGCUGGAUACGAUCUUUGA